UGGAGUUUUUGUUGUUGUGUGUUGCUCUCCCUUCUUCUUAUGGUGGUGCCGACAGUGAAAGGAACCAACGGGCAGUGCGAUUUCUUCACCGGGAGUUGGGUGUUGGAUAAAUCGUACCCGCUCUAUCAACCCACCACGUGUCCGUUUAUUCAGCGCGAGUUCAAUUGUAUACACAAUGGGCGCCCUGACCAGAUUUACACACAUUAUAGGUGGCAGCCACUACACUGUGAUUUACACAGAUUUAACGGCCGAGAUUUUCUGGAGAGGAUGAGGGGGAAGAGCAUCAUAUUCGUCGGAGAUUCACUAAGCAGAAAUCAAUGGGAGUCUCUGACUUGCUUGCUUCACUCAGCUGUCCCUAAUUCCCCAUACAAUGUGACUAGAGUCGGAGAUGUUUCUACAUUCACAUUUACAGAAUAUAAAGUCAAAGUGAUGCUAGAUAGGAACGUGUAUUUAGUAGACAUUGUUCAAGAGCGUAUCGGCAGGGUGUUGAAGCUUGACUCCAUACAAGGAAGCAAGCUGUGGAAUGGUAUUGAUACGCUCAUCUUUAACACAUGGCACUGGUGGAACCGUAGAGGCCCCACUCAACCAUGGGAUUAUAUACAAGUGGGAAAUAAAGUUAUGAAAGACAUGGAUCGGAUGAAGGCUUUUGAAAUAGCACUUAACACAUGGGGUUCAUGGGUGGAUGCCAAUGUUGACCCUGCAAAAGUGAGAGUCUUCUUUCAAGGGAUUUCCCCAUCUCACUACAAUGGCACACUUUGGAAUGAACCAAGUGCAAAGAGUUGUAUCGGGCAGAAGACACCGGUGGCCGGAUCAAUUUAUCCUGGUGGAUUACCACCUGCUGUGGCCGUGCUGAAGGGGGUGUUGAGGACAAUUAAAAAACCAGUGACAUUGCUUGACAUCACAACCCUUUCUCUGCUACGAAAAGAUGGACAUCCUUCAAUUUAUGGACUUUUUGGAGCAAAUGGAACUGACUGCAGCCAUUGGUGUCUUGCUGGUGUUCCUGAUACCUGGAACGAGAUAUUCUAUAACCUUAUUUGAUAAAAAAAAUCUACCAUUCAUGAUUUUUUCUUAGAUACAAGAGGAAGACUUCUAUGAUUUAAUUGGGGGUUCGGUUGAUUUUUAUAGUAAUUUUAUAUAGAAAAUGUGGUUGGAUU